AAUGGCGUUUGCAUCUAUAUGUCUGGCUGUCGCAGCCACGCUGAGUAUUCAGCCUGACCGACGUCAGUUCUUCCGCUACGAGGCCUUCAACCUGAGCUGUGCAGUCUCAGGGAACUUCAGUGGCUGGAAGGUGAUGAGGAAUGCUUCUGAGGAGUUUUCGCCGUGUGAAAAUUGGGGCCGCCCGAACCGAUCCUCCUGCAUCAAUCGCAGUGUCUACAAGUCGGACAACGGGCGUUACUGGUGCCAGUCUGAGCAAGGAGAGUGCAGCAACACCCUGGACAUCAGGAUACACACUGGUGUUGUGAUCUUGGAGAGUCCAGCACUGCCUGUGAUGGAGGGAGACAACGUGAUGCUUCGCUGCUCCUACAAAGAGAGAUAUGACCCAAAUGCUUCAUCAGAUUUCCCGGCUGUCUUCUACCAAAAUGAUACAUUUUUUGGAAAGAGGUCUGAAGGAAAGAUGAUCCUUCAGAAAGUGUCAAUGUCCAGCAAAGGAUUCUACAAGUGCCAACACCCCACCAAAGGAGAGUCACUGCCGAGCUGGCUGGAAGUUAAAGGUAAAACUAACUUCUGCUGGACGUCGUUUUGUCCUGAAAAGGCUACCUUGGUCCAUAUCCAGACCUAA